UUAUUUUGCCUCAAUGUUUCGUUUUAGGAAGUGAAUUGUUUAUGGUUUAGAGUAAAUAAGCGUGCAUAUAUUGACUGUAAAGCUUAUCCACUAGGAAACUACUCUGUAAUCCCCUUAAAAGGAAAGUGUGAAACUCCUUACGGCACUCGGCUUUGUUAGCGGGGCGACCGCAAAGCGUCGAUUUAGAUGGGCCCGUUUUUUACGCUCAUACUUUGUGCGUUUCGGUGACCACAUCGUUUCCUGUGCGUUGCAAAAGUGUCCGAUGCUAUAAUGCGAGCUUUUUAGGCGCUCUUUUUGUGGCCAUCGAGUUGGCCGCCUGCGGGCUGAUGUCCCUUUCCCCUUCUCACGCAGUGCGCUGACCCAGUGGAAGGCGUCGGUGGUGGUGGUGAUCUAAAGGCUGCCCGCGCGCACAUCGAGGUCGUGUGCGCACAUCCCCGCAGGAGGCUGCCUGCCCUGCGUGUGUUAAAUGUCUUUUGCGUCGUCGCAUCUUGGCGGAGGAAGUCGGUCAGCGUGCGAUGAAGGACGAGAUCGACGCGGCGGUAGCCUUUCUGGUGCGCGUCAUCGCUAGGAACUCGAGCCUGGACCGGGCGCAGGUGGACGUCUUGGGCGAGCGGCUGCGAUGCGUCCUCACCGAUAGGUUCCGCGAUCACUGGUUCCCCGAGCGGCCAUCGCGGGGUCAAGCGUACCGUUGCAUUCGAAUCAACGAGAACGAGCCUCGAGAGCCUGUGCUGGAGCAGGCAUCGCGCCGUUGUGGCCUCGGAUACGAUGACCUCUGCCUGCCUGCCGAGCUGACCGUGUGGGUGGACCCCGAGGAAGUUGGCUGCAGGUUUGGGGAGCGUCGUGGUGUAUACUAUGUGUUGGCAUCAUUCAAGGCAGGCAGGAAAGAGAACUUCGUGGACCAAAUUAACAUUGACGAGUUGGAGCAACGUUCUGGAGACAGACCAAAACAGUCCCUGCCAGAGAUGGGCUCUGGGAGGAAGCGAGGUGUCGGCAGUGGCAGGGCUUCACCCUGGGGUGCGGCACCCCUCAAAGGUCCCACGCCCUUCAGCUCACCACAGUUCCUGUCGCGCGGCGGCACCCUGUGGAACCUGUCGGCUGGCCUUCCCCCAUCCACGACUCCGGGCCAGAAGCCUGACAAGUACCAUUGGGUCAACAAGGCACUCGUGAAGGCUUGACGGCACCAGUCCCUCCAUCUUUUAAAUGCCAUCGUGUUUUUAGAGCUCUGCACGAGCAAUUUUUUGGGCUCUUGGCUCGGGACGCACAAGUGUUUAGUUAUGGCUGAUGCAAGGCACUCUCCGCGUUCCCAUCCCGCUUUGUCUUUCUCCUCCCAGGAGGCAUUUGGGGCAGUGGAAAAAAGCUGCUCCAUAUCUGAUUUCAAAGUUGUGUUGUUUCGUUUUACUGUUGCCCUUUGUUCGAGUUCAAAUCAAAAUUAGACAAGCCAUUUACACUGUAGACCCUGGCACUGUAAUGGUCUCGUGUUCUCGAUCAGGUGUAACGAAUAUCUGUGCUUUUAGGCACAUACUGCACCUUGCAGUCUCAUGGUCGUGUAGCCUGGUGAUUUAUUUUAAAUGGUGCUUUUAUUUUAAUUAAGACCAUUACAGUCAGUGUUUGCAGUAAAAAUUGUUUUCAAUGUUUUUAUUUCAUGGUAUCACCACCGUACAUUUUUAUUUAAUAACUGACAAGUAGCCGUGUCUUUUUUCCCCCAGUCUUGACCUCGUACGUGAAUGUUCAGAAUAUUCAGUUCCCUUGCUAUUUAACUUCUAUGCGCAUUCCUUGAGGAUAUGAAACCAAGGAGCUGGUGUACUUAAUGUUUGCGGCUUGACAGUUGUUCGGCAUUCAGUGUGAAAUGACUUAACCAGUGUCCGAGAUUUAGCAGAAAUGCUGUAGAAGUGAUGUUGGUCAAUAUUUCCCACUCGUAAUUUGGGUCAAGGUCCUCCAAAUGGUGCAGAGUUGUGCCUAUACGUAGUGUAGUGUGAUUGGCCUUUACCAUGUUCGUGUUUGUUGCCUGCAGCUGGGGGCUCAUACCAGCUGCUGCUGAAGGUGUCGUAUGCUUUAAAGCGAAAGUCUACUGGAAAGGUGCCAGAAAUAUUUGUCAUGCUUAGAUCCAGAUUGGUGCUGUCUAGUAAAAGAACCUCCUGCCAUGUUGAGAAUGUGAGAGUCUGUUAACGAUAUGAGCCUGAAUUGCCUGUCUUCAAAGACCGAUUAGGGGACAAUCUGGAACUCUUUUGGGGGCUGUCACCUGCACUGCGUCUAGUGCUUAGCUGAUCAACGCAUUCUUUGUGUUCUUGUUGCCCGUGUGAUAUUUGCUUUUGCACCUGGUUCGCAUGUGACCAGUAGUAGUACAAGAAGCGCACAAAUGUAUCUGAACCACGUGCGCAAAGCACCUUCUUGUAUACAACUUGGUGAUGCAACUUAAAACGACUUUUUGCAAUGCAAACUUAGAGAUUUAAGCUUUUGACGACAGCUUUAAGGCUACCUCUCUGGCGUGGGACGUUUGUCGGCGUCUUCAGCGGAUGAUGCUAUUGUGAUGCAGGAAUUUUGUGAUUCUUUACAAAGUGCUCUUGAAGCUGCUUUUACUCUGGUGUGCUGUCAUUUCACACUCUUAUCCACUGUGGCGGGACCUCGAUCAUUGUCAUCUCCUUCCCUCCAUUCCCGGUAUUCAUUUCAUUGUGCAGGUUUCGUGCACAAUUUUAGUCUUGUACAAUGGCAUAAACAUCCCAGUGAACAAUGCAUACAGUAUUUGAUACCAAACUACAUCAGCUGAGAAGCAAACACGAGAUUUAAUGUAGUGCGUCCCUGUGUGGUAGCUGCUGCCUGUGGUGCCAGUGUGCAGCUGACUGUUGCAAGUCGUUUCUUCAUUUUGCGAGAACCAUCAAUCAUCGAGACUACUAAAGUGUACUAAAGGAACAGGUUAUGUCACCACAUAUUGAGUUUACACAAGCAUUCAGACUGCCAACGUUAAUUGUGCAAAUCAUAGUUUCUUGAAAGACUUUGCGUACGUUACAAAAGUGUGUUCUAACAUUGUUUUGUUUCUUGCAUUUUCAUACCUUAUAUACUUUAAGUUUUCCUUAGGAAGCCAUUUUGUGUCAUUUAGUGUGGAAAAAAGUCAAAUGUGUUUUACUGCCUUUUUCCUUUGUUGCUGUUCUACUGGCCAAAAUAAGGGAUCAACAAAUGACACCUUUUGCCUAGAUUGUAAAAGUCAUUGCUUUUCUUUUAAGGUGCUUUCGUUCGAGUCUUGCAGCGGUAGGCCACAAAUGCCGUCAGGGAAGCUGUCCUCUGUUCUGUUAGUGUCAUUAUUUAAGCUUCUAGGCCAAGUAAUAUAUAUAAAAAAAUUCUAGUACGUAUUUGUAAUUGUCCUGCUACGUUAUGUGGCGUUCCGGUGGUGUUUAGCAAGUUACUUUGUAAUGUGUACUGUGCACUGUUUGGUGUAACCCUACCAUUUAUUUGUAUUAAAGGCUGUUGAUGCUUAUG